CAGCCCCCUCCACGACAGGCUCUCUCUCUCCGUGUAGCUCCUUUCCUUUGGAAGCUGCCUCGCCCCAAAGCCACGGCUCGUUCUGGUUCGAAUCUCUACCGAGAAGGGAAAAGGAGUCACGAACUCAAACAGCCGGAUGUGCAGUGUCACAGUGCGUGCUAGCUUGGGAACGGAGGGCGAUUGGUAAACAUGGAGCAGAACGCGCGCGCGCCACCCCCACGCGGCAUGUUGGGAACAUCAGCGCCGCUGCAUCGCAGAGACUAUUGAGAUAAACAAAGCUGAGCGCCAGACGCGACCUCCAUCGCCGCUUUACACGACCCAGCUGCUGCUGCCGCCUCCCCCCACUACUGCCAUCACCAACGCGAAUUCAGCACGGGCCCCGCGCCAGACCAGCCCGGACCCCCGGACUCGGCGGGGGAGGUCGAGGCAGUGCGGCCGCCGCCCACGCCGCCAGAUCGUGACAAACGAGGCGCGCCCCGUGCUCGUGUAAACAGCGCAAAGAAGCGCGGCGCCCUCCCUGGGUGGCGAGAAGACGCGGGGAGAGACGCGGGGAGAGACACGUGGAGAGACAGGAGGAGAGACGCGGGGAGAGACACGUGGAGAGACAGGAGGAGAGACGCGGGGAGAGACGCGGGGAGACGCGGGGAGAGACACGAGGAGAGCCACGAGGAGAGACACGAAGAGAUACGCGGGGAGAGACGCGAGGAGAGACGCGUGAAGACGCGGGGAGAGACACGAGGAGAGACGCGGGGAGAGACACGGGGAGAGACACGAGGAGAGACACGAAGAGAUACGCGGGGAGAGACGCGGGGAGAGCCACAGGGAGAGACGCGGGGAGAGACACGAGGAGAGACACGAGGAGGAGAGACACGAGGAGAGACACGAAGAGAUACGCGGGGAGAGACGCGGGGAGAGCCACGGGGAGAGACGCGGGGAGAGACACGAGAGACACGGGGAGAGAAACGUGGAGAGACACGAGGAGAGACACGGGGAGAGACACGGGGAGAGACACGUGAAGACGCGGGGAGAGACACGGGGAGAGACACGAGGAGAGACACGAGAGAGACACGAGGAGAGACACGGGGAGAGACACGAGAGAGACACGAGGAGAGACGCGGAGAGACACGGGGAGAGACACGAGAGAGACACGAGGAGAGACGCGGAGAGACACGUGAAGACGCGGGGAGAGACAGGAGGAGAGACGCGGGGAGACACAAGAAGAGAGACACGAGGAGAGACGCGGGGAGAGACACGAGGAGAGACACGGGAGAGACACGAGGAGAGACACGAGGAGGAGAGACACGAGGAGAGACACGGGAGAGACACGAGGAGAGACACGAGGAGGAGAGACACGAGCAGAGACACGAGGAGAGACACGAGGAGGAGAGACACGCGGAGAGACACGAGAGAGACACGAGGAGAGACACGAGGAGAGACACGAGAGAGACACGGGAAGAGACACGGGAGAGACACGAGGAGAGACACGAGGAGAGACACGAGAGAGAGACACGAGAGAGACACGGGAGAGACACGAGGAGGAGAGACACGAGGAGAGACACGAGGAUCAGAAGCUGCAGUUCGCGUGUCGCCACCGCCAGGCGACACCGGUGCUGCUCUACUCGAGAGAAGAGCCACGUGAGCGCGUCCCUCACGUCACGUGCCAUGGCCUGGAGCCUCCUUGCGCCGCUCCUCGUGUUGCUCUCGAGCACGUGCUGCACAGCAACACUUAAUCGGCCAAUCAUGGAGGCGUGCGCCAGUCACGUGAUCCUUCCCGGCGCGAAAGGUGAGGUCGGUGUGCAGGGAGACCGUGGUGAGCCCGGAAGGCCUGGAAAGCUGGGCCCACCUGGAGAGAAAGGCCUGCCAGGAGAUAAGGGAUGCAAGGGGGAUCAGGGACGGCCAGGCAAGAUUGGGCCCAUAGGAACCAAAGGCGAGAGGGGCAGCAAGGGUGACAAUGGACCCCCCGGGCCUAAAGGGCAGCAAGGCUUACCGUGUAACUGCAGCCGCAUGCGUGUUCUCAUCGGAGAGAUGGACAUCGUGGUGACUCGCCUACGCGAGGAGGUCUCCUUCCUCAAGACCGCAGUGGCGGGCGUGCGUGAGACGGAGCGCAAGGUGUACCUGCUGGUGCGUGAGGAGCGCGCCUAUUCCGAGGCGGCACUGCACUGCCGCUCGAGGGGCGGCCUCCUCGCCAUGCCGCGGGACGAGACCACCAAUGCGCUCCUCGCGGCCUACGUCAGCCACGCCGGCCUGGCACGCGUCUUCAUCGGCCUGCACGACGGAGCGCGGGAAGGGGCCUUCGCCUACGAGGACGGCGCGUCGCUGGGGCCCACGGCCUUCACCCGCUGGCGGCCCGGCGAGCCCAACAACGCGUUCGGUGGAGAGGACUGCGUGGAGAUGGAGAGCGGCGGAGGUUGGAACGACGUCAGCUGCGCCAACACCAUGUACUUCGUGUGCGAGUUCACCAAGGAGGAGCUGUGACUGCAGGAGGUGGUAGUUUUAAGGAGGAGGUUGAGGAGGUGAGACCGGCUUCACGAGUCGGUCAAGUGAGGAGGAGUGUGAUUGGAUGUGGCUGUGACUAGGGGAGUGUACCUGGAGAAGGAUGUAGCAAGGAGGCGGGUGAGAGGAGUGUGACUCAAGGAUGUGGGUUUAAGAAGCAGGAGUCAUGAUUGGAGGAGAGAGGAUUUAAUGGAGGGCCUGCUAUUUUGGGGGUUUUUGAAAGGGCACGCAACCUAAGAAGUCGGGUUAACGCUGAUGUAACUGGAAGAGAUGCACUUAAUGAAGAGAAAAGCGCGAUAAGUGGGAAACAGGUUUAUCGAAAACAUGUAGGUGUAUUUGAGAGGAGGUGUAUGGAUAGCUGGGUUUGUAUGGUAUAUAGUGCAGAGUAUACACACAAACCUAUACUUGUCUUCACACUGCUCGCAAUUCUAGCAGCAGCAGCAGUAGCACGCGCUGCAGUGCUUCAUUCAGAGCCAUAGAGGAUGGGGUUCAUGUGAAGUUGGAGCCUCGAUGCCAAGCAGUGCAUCAAAGGAGGGCUUCAUUUCAGCCGGCACACCACAUCCAGUAUACAUAUCUCUAUGGCUGUGACUGCGAGUCAUGCGUCGCCUACUCCAGUCUACCAGUGAUCUGCAAAAUAUUCAUUGAGAAACUUAAUCCCUGCUGGCAAGGACUAAAUGACCUUGCUGUGGCACCGCAGUGGCGAGAAGUUAACUUCCUCGCCUGGUAUGCAGGAGGACGUAGGUUCGAUCUUGAUCCUGAUGCCUGUAUAUUUGGCGUUUGCAUGUUCUCCCCGUGAUUGCGUGGGUUUUUCUCCGCGUCCUCCUAUUUCUUCCACCAUAUUUAGAAACAUACGUUUAGAGUAUUUUACAGAUGUAGUGUGGAACUCACUCGAAGGAAAGGUAACAUAACACCUGCUCAUUCUUUAUUAAUCUCCAUACACGCCAGUUGUGAGCGCACACUUUACGUCACGCAUAACACCACGCGUGGUACACCUCAAUCCCUACCAGCUACCCCUCCUCUCUCAUACACUACUAGCUACCCCUCCUCUCUCAUACACCGCCCACACCUGCUCAGGACAAAGAAGAACCUCGUGCAGUCCCGCACGCCGGCUUCUAUUCCCCCAGCUAGACUCUGCUCACCUUCCAGGAUCUGCCCGACAGCCAACCCGCAGCUCACACAUAGACGCCUCUCCUCAGCUGCGCGUGAGCCACUCCAUUACACACGUGCCUCUCAUCAGCUGUGCGUGCUUUACUACACUACACAGAUAUACAUUUCCAUGCGAUAAGCCACUUCGUUGAGCUAUCAUUUGUGGCCAGAUCGCUUCUAAAAAAGAGCUACAUAGCUCCGUGGUCCUUAUCUGGUAAAAUAAAAAAGAGUUUAAAACCACAGGGUGGCUCUUCCUGCUGCUGUGAGAGGCCAGGCCAUGCAUUGGUUAUUGUUACUUUACGGGGGCAUUAUCCCAUUUGCGCCCCCACCCUGCCCCUUUCUGUGUCAGCUCCUCGUGGAUGCCUCCUCAUCUAGCAGUCACUUCUGCCAGAUUGCACAGGAGUUGCACAGUUGACACCAGACCUCCAAGGCCUGCCCUUAUGGAGUUUUACAUGGAGUCAAUAUGGAUACCUCGCAUAUGAGGCAAUGCCCCCCAUAACACCCCCCCCCCCAGGCCCCAUUACAGUUUCUUAGACUCAACUCUGAGACCCUCUGUAGAUCCUAACCUCGGUGCUGGAACUCCAGGGCCGGCCAGAAAGCCACGAGAACCCAAAGCUCCCCUCGUGUCGUUGUUUGCCCAGCCGGGAGCUGACCUCCCCGUGCCGCCCUCCACGUCACGAGCGAGGCAGCUCGCGGGGUCCAGGUGGGGGCCGGCGUCCAUGACGAGGUUCUUGCCUCGUCCCAUGCGUGUCGGGCACGAGUGGCAAGAGGCGCAUGUUUGCGUCUAGGUUUGAGUGCGAGUGGUUUUAGAGGGUCUCGUGUUUGCGAUGGUUGACUUCAUCUCCUUUUACAGGAAGGGAAAUGAACAGAUAUAGUGCAAUAGUCGACUGAACCGUCCAUGUAAAAGCAGGUUAGGAUUUACUUCUCAAAAUGUGACGAAUUAUAACUCACCUGAAGGAUGUCGUUUGUUUGUAUGAAUUGGUUGUACGCGUUUACAUGACAGUGAGCCUCCGUCCCCACGCUUGUGUAACACACAGCAGCGUCCCCCACAUGACGGAGCGCUGUAUCAGAACCGUGCACAGUAUUUGUCGGCCGGCAGGCAUGGAAGUUCACAUCCGAAUGGAAGCUGAAGAUCUGCACGCAGGGCUCAUUGUCAGCCGGGCUGUCUGCACCCGGCACACCGAAUCCAGAAUGCCUCUUAUCGUGGCUGUGGCUUUUGAGUCACCAACCUUCUCCAACUACCAGUGAUAUGGAAUAUAUUACGUGAGAAAUUUAGCCUUGGGUGCCUAUUGAGUAUCUACCCUGCGGUGGAUGCCUGGCUAUGUGGCAGCAGAAACGAGCAGGAGUUCCACGGCCUCAAAUCCGCAGCUUGGUGGUUCCCAACCUCUGGUCCAUGGGCCUCUGGCGGCCCACAAGGCCGUGGAAAGUAACACGCGGAACUUGCAGAUACAGGACGAUUUGGAGUCUUUUUAUAUUUGAAAAAAAAUUCUGGUGCGCGGUGGUGAAAGCAAAAUGUUUGUGUAUGGUUGGGAACCACUGCUCUGUACCAUCGUAUUCCUUGUUCAAGGACUUGCCACUGCACUAACCCUAACCAACUGGCUAAGCAGGCACUAGUUAGAACCCCAGCCCUGAUCAAAUAGCCAAUCAGCUUACACGGUUUUAACCCUAACCCUGCUCACCUUCUGCGCCCAUAUUCAGUUUCACGUCUCAGUUUUUCAUGGCGCCAUUUUGGCAAGACGGGAGUUUAAAGUGGAUUUUGUUCAACCGGGUGGGAACUCACGGGGCCAGGACGAGUCUCGUUUUUCGAAAGCGAUUUGGGUCACCAACAUACCAAACGCGAUCAAUACAAUGACGCUACAGAAAUGGAGCAAAUAGCAAUCGGAGCAAGAUCAACCACAUUCCAGAAGGAAUCAAAACGGUACACAAAUAUAAAUGUAUAUUAUAUUUUAAAAAAUAAUCUUUGCAUUGGAGUGUGGUGUGGGGAGAUGAGUGCUGGCUCGGGGCUGUGCUGGGUGAGGCUGAGGUGGGUGAGGUCAGCGCGGGAUGUGCCCAGUGGCGGUUCGGGAAAGAACGCUGCACCUGCUGGUGGAUUACAUUACACAGUUGAUUACAUUACCCUGUGGAUUACAUUAGACGGUGGAUUACAUUACACAGGGAAUUACAUCACACAGGGGAUUACAUCACACAGUGGAUUACAUCACGCAGUGAAUUACACCACGCAGUGGAUUACAUCACACAGUGGAUUACAUUACACAGUGGAUUACAUUACACAGUGGAUUACAUUACACAGUGGAUUACAUUACACGGUGGAUUACAUUACACAGGGAAUUACAUCACACAGGGGAUUACAUCACACAGUGGAUUACAUCACGCAGUGAAUUACACCACGCAGUGGAUUACAUCACACAGUGGAUUACAUUACACAGUGGAUUACAUUACACAGUGGAUUACAUUACACAGUGGAUUACAUCACACAGUGGAUUACAUUACACAGUGGAUUACAUUACACAGAGGAUUACAUAACACAGCUGAUUACAUAACACAGUGGA